GGUGGGAGUGGGCUCCAGCAGUCAGCCGGUUUGUGAACCUCACUCGGCUCCAGUGUGGAUGCUCGUGCAGCACGAAGACUGAUUUCAAACAAAAGCAAAACCCUGAGGAUUGACGACGUGCGUGCUCUCACCUGACUCGGACGCGCGCGCGCAAGCAAGAAGGACGGAAGAACUCUUAUGGAAUUGCCCUAUUUUCUUCCCGUCUCGUGUGGAUUGUGUGAAUGCGUCCUUUUUCUGCAUCGCAAUCAGCUUUACAUCGGGGACACCAGCCAGAGGUGCGCGCGUGCAUGUCCUUCCAAUGAAUGUGUAGCUGAGCCAUGUCUCUGAGAAGCAAAGGGUCGCGACGACGGCCCGGUGGCUCGUCUUUCCGCUCUCUUCUUUGGCGACCUCCCGUCUUCUUUGCCGUCAUUCUCGUCCUGCUCCGGUCCCCCGCUGCCGUCUCGGGAGCGCUGGAGCUGCAACUGGACGAGGAGCAGCCGGUGGGCACCGUCGUCGGGGACAUCAGCGCCGGGUUGCCGCCGGGCGAGUCGACCAGCCUCUACUUCAUCUCUGACCACGAAAGGUCGGGCGUGGAUAGCGACCUGAACAUCGACGAGACCACCGGGAUCAUCACCACGGCGCGCCGCCUGGACCGCGAACAGAGAGACCACUACAGCUUCAUUGCCGUCACCAUGACGGGCGUCACGGUGGAGGUGGCCAUCACCGUCAAUGACAUCAACGACCACGCGCCCAAGUUUCCCAAAAGCAAAGCUCACCUCAAGAUCCCCGAGCACACGGCCACGGGGACCCGGUUUUCCCUGGACCCGGCCAGCGACGCCGACAAGGACCAGUUCACUACGCAGGGUUACUCCAUUCGGGAGGGGAACGUUGGUCAGGUGUUCCGUUUGGAGUCCAAGAGGGCAGCCAACAAGGCGCUGUAUCUGGACCUGGUCAUCAACGGACCCCUGGACCGGGAGAAGCGCUCCACUUACACCCUGGUCCUCGAGGCCUUUGACGGGGGCUCGCCCAGGAGGGCGGGCUCCAUGACUCUGGAGGUGGCUGUGACGGACGUCAACGACCACGCGCCGGUCUUCAACCAGAGCCGAUACCACGCCAUCAUUUCCGAGAGUCUCCCACAAGGAAGCAGCAUCCUGCAGGUCUUUGCCGCAGACCAGGACGAGGGGGACAACGGCCUGGUCCUCUACGAGAUCAACCGGCGACAAAGUGAUCCCGAGCGCUACUUUGUCAUCGACCUCAAGUCCGGAGUCAUCACGCUCAACAGACCACUGGACUAUGAGCUUAAGAGAGUCCACGAGCUGGUGGUCCAGGCCAGGGACAACGCCAGCCACCCGGAGGUGACCAACGCUUUUGUGACUAUUCAUGUUCGCGACUACAACGACAACCAGCCCACCAUGACCAUCAUUUUCCUGAGUGAGGACGGCUCGCCCAAGAUCUCGGAGGGCGCCCAACCGGGCCAGUACGUGGCCCGCAUCUCCGUCACCGACCCGGACUACGGCGAGUACGCCAACGUCAACGUGUCGUUGGAGGGCGGCGAUGGAAAGUUUGCUCUCACCACCAAGGACAGUAUCAUCUACCUGAUCUACGUGGACCAGGUUUUGGACCGAGAGGAGCGCGACUCCUACGACCUCCGGGUGAUGGCCACCGAUUCGGGCACGCCCCCGCUGCGGGCCGAGUCGUCGUUCACCAUCCGGGUGACGGACGUCAACGACAAUCCACCUUUGUUCGACCAGCGGACCUACAGACAGACCAUCCCCGAGGCCGUCUACCCGGGAUCUUUUGUCCUUCAAGUCACCGCUCGGGACAAGGACCAGGGUCCAAACGGAGAAAUCCGCUACAGUCUCCUGAAGGGCAAGAACUCUCGCUCGGACUGGUUCUCGGUGGACGCGGUGACGGGGAUCAUCACCACGGCCGCCGUCCUGGAUUUCGAGUCGGAGCCGUCGCCAAGCGUGACGGUGGUGGCGACGGACGGCGGGCGGCCGCCGCUGUCGUCCACGGCUCGGGUGGACAUGGUGCUGCAGGACGCCAACGACAACGCCCCCGUCUUCUCCAAGAGCUUCUACAACGCCAGCCUUGAGGAGAACGCCCCGCCCGGGACCUGCUUCCUCCAGGUGUCCGCCACGGACGGCGACCGCGGUUCCUUCGGCGCGGUGUCCUACGCGCUGGCCUUGGGUUCAGGCGGCGCGGCGUCCGCUCAUUUCACCGUAGACGAGGAGAGCGGGCGACUUUGCACCACGACAGCGGUGGACCGUGACGAGGGGCCUGACGCCUAUGAGCUGGUCGUCACGGCAACAGACGGGGGCGGUCUGAGCGCGGCGGUCGGCGUCCGGGUGUCGGUGGCCGACGUCAACGACAACAGGCCCGCUUUCUACCCGCUCUUGUACGCGGUCAGCUUGAGUGCGCACGGUGCCCCCGGGACCUCUGUGGUCAAGGUGACGGCCCAUGACCCGGAUGCCGGGGAGAACGGGCGGGUGACCUACAAGGUGGCGCCCGGGGGAGCUUCUGCCUUCUUCACCCUCAACAAGGACACAGGUGUAAUCUCCCUUUCGCGCUCGCUCCACGGCAAAGCCAACUCGGUCAUCUCCAUGGUGAUAUCGGCUCAAGAUGGCGGCGGACUGACCGCUUCGGUAGACGCCAGAGUGAACGUGAGCGUGGUGGGAGGCGCCGUGUCGUCGCCCAUCUUCGAGCAGCCGCAGUACUUCUUCACCGUGUCCGAGGACGUUCUCCGGGGCACCUCGGUGGGAGUGGUCCGCGCCACCGCCAAAACAGUCCAUGCCAAAGACAUCUCUUACUCCAUCUCAUCUGGAGAUCCUGAUGGUUACUUCACCGUGGACGCCGCGACCGGAACCAUCCGCACCGCCCUCCCCCUAGACCACGAAAGCUGCCCAAGGCUGGACCUGGAGAUCCAGGCGCGCUUCGGCUCCCCUCCCGCUUUCGGUGCCAGUCGGGUCCGCAUAUCCGUCUCGGACGUGAAUGACAACGCACCCACUUUCCUGCCCUCCUCAUCCGAGUCACUCCUCCUGCCUGAGGUCACCAAGAUCGGCACCAUCAUCUACCGCGUUCAGGCCUCGGACAAAGACUCCGGUCAGAACGGUCAGCUGAGUUUCGACUUGGUGGCGGGCAGCAGCGGACAGAGGACUUUCGGCGUGGAUCGAGGCAGCGGGGAGGUGCGUCUGAUCGGGGGACUCUCCUAUGAGAGCAUCCCUCGCUACGACCUUCAGGUGGUGGCCAAAGAUGGCGGGGCACCUCAGCUGAGCUCCACCUUCACCCUGGUGGUUCACAUCCAGGCGCAGGAUGCGCAGGGACCCCACUUUGACACGUUGACCUACCGCGUGGAACUUCGAGAGAACACGCUUCUCAACACACGCUUCCUCCAGGUUCGAGCUCUCAACAGAGAGGCGUCCGGCAAUGGCGGAAGCGCCUCGCCGUCCGCCGAUAUUUCCUACCGCCUUCGGCCAGACGGCGACGCGGCCGGCUUCGGCAUCGUGCCCGAUAGCGGUUGGCUGUUUGUGAGAAGCUCUCUGGACCGUGAAGUCAAGGACAUGUACCUGCUGACUGUGGAGGGGACCUCAAGCCAGGGGGGGACGGGGAGAACGGGAAGCGCCGCCGUCAGGGUGACCGUGACGGAUGAAAAUGACAACUCGCCCAAGCUCAGCCAGGACAGAGUGUUCCUGGCUGUACGGGAGAAUCUCCUGGCGGGAACGGGCUUCGGUAGGGUGUCCGCCACGGACCGAGAUACCGGACCGAACGCCCGCCUUACCUACAGGCUUCUGCACGCCGACAAACACUUUCAGAUCAACUCGCAGACAGGAGAAAUUAGCACUCGCCAAGCCCUGGAUCGGGAGCGGCAGUCAAGCUUCCAGCUGACGGUGGUCGUGCAGGACGGCGGGACGCCUCCCCGCACAGCUACCGGCACGGCCCACGUCAGCGUGCUGGACGAAAACGACCACGCUCCGAGCUUCACCCACGCCCGGCCGGACAGAGAGCUCCUCUUUCAGGUGAACGAGGGGCUUCCUUCCGGGACCAUCUUGGGCACCGUGUCCGCCAAAGACCCGGACGAGGGCGAAAACAGCACCAUCUAUUAUUCUUUAGAAGGCUCCAGAGUGGAGCGCUUCUCCCUGAACGCCGCCACGGGGGAGCUCCGAACCGCCGCCCCGCUGAGGUGGGCGGAACGUGCCGAGUACGUCCUGACCGUGACCGCCGCCGACCACGGAACGCCGAGCCUCAGCUCCGCCUGCCAGCUGCGGAUUCAAGUUUUGAGCUCCGCCAAGUCAUCCCCGAUGCCAAACCUGCUGUCCAUGACGCUGAACGUGGUAGAAGGAGCUCCCCCAGGCUCAGUGGUGGGCUCGGUGCACCCGCCUGAUGCCGUCCCGGAUGGCCAGGUCACCCACCUGGUGGUGGACGGGACGGACCAGGACGGGACCUUCAUGGUGGACCGUUUGAAGGGCGACGUGUACCUGGUGCAGGAGCUGGACUACGAGAAGGCGUCCGAGUACAUGCUACACGUGGAGGUGUCCGACUUCUCCCGGGCCUUUCCCAGCAGCCAUCUGGUGAAACUGAGCAUCCGGGUGCAAGACAGCAACGACCAUUCGCCGCGCUUCGCAGAGGAUCCCGUGACAGUCGUCGUACCUGAGAACCUUCAGCCGGGAGCCUCCAUAUACACCUUCCAGGCUCUGGACCAGGACGGCAGCAGUCCCAACAGUGAGUUGCGUUACUCCAUCGAGCAGCGCUGGCCGGAUGAGGCCGACCUGCUGAAACUGGACGCCGUUAGCGGCGUGCUCACCCUCGGGGAGACCCUGGACCGCGAGACCACGCCGUCUCUUCACCUGGUUGUCCGGGCUACCGACCAAGCGGUGGACCUCGCGCAGAGGCGCUGGGCUUCAGUCACGGCGCAGGUGUUUAUCAUCGACCAAAACGACAACACUCCCAUCUUCAGCUCGCCCGCCGCCGUCAGCGUGAUGGAGGAUCAACCCGUCGGCUUUGUGAUUUUGUACGUGAUGGCUCGGGAUGCGGACGAAGGGGAGAACGGUCGAGUGUCGUAUAGAAUCCUGACGGGAAACGGUGCCGGUCACUUCGGUCUGAACCCCGACACCGGCUCGCUGUCCAUCUUGAAGGCGCUGGACCGAGAGGAGCAGGAAGUCUUCAAUCUGACGGUGAUGGCGGAGGAUGGCGGGACGCCUUCGCUCUCCUCCACCCAGAAUCUCUGCGUACAAGUGAUGGACGUCAACGACGAGGCUCCUCUUUUCCAAAAGGCUGAGUUUGAGGCCCGGGUUCUGGAGAACCAAGGGCCAGGCACUACGGUGCUGACGGUGGUGGCCACCGACAGAGAUCAAGGGUCCAAUGGGCACGUGACGUUCGGGGGCGUGACGGAGGAAGGCUUUGUCAUCAACCCGUCCACCGGCGUCAUCACCACCACCGCCGAGCUGGACAAGGAGCUUCGGGAUCACUACAUCCUCACCGUCUACGCCCGGGACGGCGGGAUGCCCCCCAACUUUGCCAAAGCCACGGUGCGUGUGGAGGUUGAAGACGUCAACGACAACGCUCCGGUCUUCGCUCGGCCGUGGUAUGGCCUGGAAGUGCCCGAGAACCAAGACCCCGUGGAGCUGUGCACCCUCAGGGCCAGCGACCCGGACUCAGGUGCAAGCGGGGAGCUGGAGUACAGGAUUACCGCUGGAGACCCAGACGGGGACUUCCACCUCCACGCCAGCACGGGAACCCUGUCCACUCGGCGGGGCUUGGACAGGGAGACGAAGGCCGAGUACACCCUGGAGGUGACGGCCACGGACCGAGGUGCCCCGCCUCUCAGCACCGCCGUCACGGUGGAGGUCCGAGUCCUGGACGUCAACGACAACAGCCCCGUUUUUGGCAGGAGCACCUACACUACUGAUGUUUCGGAAGACGCCGCCGAGGGAUCGCAAGUCCUGGCGGUGACGGCGACGGAUGCGGACGAUGACGUGAACGGGAAAGUUCUGUACUUCUUGAGCCACGAGGCUCACGGCGCGUUCACCGUGGACGAGCGCACGGGUCGCAUCACCACGGCGGCCCCGCUGGACCGCGAAAAGCGAGCGUCGUACAGCUUCCGAGUGUUUGCCACCGACCUUUCCCCGGCGUCGCCCCGGAACUCCUCUGCUCAGGUGACCAUCACCAUCACGGACGUCAACGACAACACACCCAUCUUCAUCCAGGACCCGCUGGUGGUGGAGGUGUCAAGCAGGCGGUCCCAGCGGGUUCUGGCUACCAUGAAAGCCGAGGACAAGGACUUCGGGGCCAACGGCUCCGUGUUUUAUCGCUUCGCCACUCCCGUGAAGGGCUUCAGCAUCAAUUCUCUGACCGGGGAAAUCCAGGCCACAGAGCCUCUGGAGACUCUGUCUCAGGCCCAGAGGACUCUUAUUGUGGAAGCCAUGGACCAGGGCACUCCGGCCCAGUCUGCGCAGGGCGUGGUGGUGAUCUACGUGAAGGAGGUGGAGUACAGCGGCAUUCGCUUCUCCAGGAACGCCAGAGAUGUCAGCAUACAGGAGAAUGCGGCUCAAGGUACAGCCGUGGUGCAGGCUCAGGCCCAGUAUCCCGAUGGAAAUCGUAAUGGCAUCGGCUACAGCAUCUUCAGUGGGAACAGACGGCAGGGCUUCAGGAUCAACUCGGCCACAGGGGAAAUCUGGGUGCAAAGCUCCAAGGGUUUGGACUUUGAGGACACGCCCAGGCUGCGUCUGGUGGUGAAGGCCGAGACCGUGUCCUCCACCUCUUUCAUCGGCAUCAACUUGCUGCUUCAGGACGUCAACGACAACCUCCCUCGCUUCCAGCUGCAGAACUACGUCGCUUACAUAAGGGAGGCUCGGGGAUACGAAACGCCAAUCAUACAGGUCGUGGCCGAGGACACGGACCAAGGCCAGAACGGUCAGGUGACCUACUCCAUUCAGUCGUCGGGCAUGAGCGGAUUGUUCAAGAUUGAUCCGAUGACGGGAAGCGUCACCACCACGGCGAUCAUGGACCGUGAGAUCUUUACCCAGACCAAGCUGGUGAUAACAGCAACCGAUAGAGGAAGUCCAAGACUGGCGGGUUCAGCAACUCUGACCGUGAUCAUCGUGGACCGGAAUGACAACAGUCCCACGAUACCCUUGCCACAAGAAAUCCGCAUCUCAGAGAACACAUUAAUAGGUACCGAGAUCACCCUGGUGACUGCCAACGACGUAGACUCCGGUCCCGCUCUGGCCUACUCGUUGCACAUGGACCCAAGCGCCAUUGGGAAGUUCGGGAUCCACCGCUACACUGGAGGUGUUUGGCUCACCGCCCCGCUGGACUUUGAGGAGAAGACGUGGUACACAGUGACCGUCAGAGCCACCGACAGCCAGCACCAUGCGGAGGCCAACAUCACGAUCCUGGUCCAGGACGUCAACGACAACGUACCGGCCUUCACCCAGGACCUCUAUCAGGUGACCCUACCCGAGCACACGGCAGCUGGCAGUGCGGUUGUCAUGGUAACAGCAACUGACAGGGACUCCGGAGAGAAUGGAAGGAUCACCUACAGUGUCAUGUCGUCCACUCAAGAGGGCUUCUCCAUUGAUCCCAUCAACGGAACGUUGUUCAUCAGCCAACGAGCAGAGUUUGACCCUGAACGUCCUUCCGUCAAUGUGGUCAUUGAAGCUCGCGACGGGGGCUCCCCCCCGCAUUCCGCCCUCGCCACCGUCCAGGUUCAAAUUGCUGACGUCAACGACAAUGCCCCCGUCUUCCACCAAUCGGAGUACAGAGCGACAGUUUCAGAGGACACCAUCCCUGGAGUUACAGUCUUAACAUUCGAGGUCUCCGACAGUGACCUCUCCCGGGAAAACUGCGGCUUGGACUUUGCUAUCGCUAGCGGCAAUGAGGGCUACGCCUUCCAUAUGGAGAGUAGCGUUCGAUUCCUGGAGGGCCGCGGCUUCCAAACUGUUGGCUCGCUGCUCUUGGCCGAGGGUCUGGAUUUUGAAACCAAACCGCUGUACAAUCUCACCGUGGUUGUGUCAGACCGUGGCGUGCCCCAGAGGAGCUCCAGCGUCGCCGCCGUGAUCACCGUCGGCGACGUCAACGACAAUCCGCCGAUUUUCAGCAGGGCAGAAUAUGUAGUGGCGUUGAGCGAAGGGGCUGUCGCUGGUACAGAAAUCAUCCGACUGACCGCGACAGAUCCAGACUCGGCGCCCAAUGCGGAGGUCCGGUAUGCCAUCAGCUCCGGGGACGAGGUCAACCUUUUCGCCGUGGACCAGUGGACCGGAGCUCUGCGGCUUCAGCAGGCUUUAGAUCGCGAGCAGAGGUCCACUCACACCGUCAUCAUCCAAGCCACGGACGGUCAAGGACAUUUGGCUCUGGUUCCCGUGCUUGUGGAGGUCAAAGACGUGAACGACAAUCAUCCGUUCUUCCCGGUGGAAGUCCUGACGGCAAGCAUCAGAGAGAACCAACCGGCAAAUUCGGCCGUGACGGUUCUCCAUGCUAUCGACCACGACGCGGGAGUCUUCGGCCAGUUGAGCUACUUCAUGCUCGAGCGCUCGCCCGCAGGAAAGGACUUUUCCGUGGAUUCCACCACUGGAGCGAUCAAGAGCAGGAAUCCCUUUGACUUUGAGAAGAUCAAUUCGUUCAACUUUGUCGCGCUGGCAGUUGAUGCAGGAAACCACUCCGCCACCGUGACGGUGCAGGUGUUUGUCACAGGCGAGGACGAAUACGAUCCCAUUUUCACAUCCUCCCAUUUCUCCUUUGAGGUCCCAGAGGAUGGCCGGAAAGGUCAGAGCAUAGGUCAAGUCCAGGCCAGUGAUGAGGACGGAGGCGUCGAUGGGAUCGUCCUCUACUCCUUCCCGACGAGCUCUCCGUACUUUGAAAUCAACAAAACCACUGGUGUGAUUGUCCUCAAGCUGGACAGCUCGGGGAGCGGUCGCAGGAGCAACGGUGGAUCGGGUCGAGCCAAAAGAGAAACCCGGCUGAUGACUCUGGACGUGAGAGCUCACAGUCCUCUGGCUGAAUCUCGCCACUCCACGGCGCACGUCUCCAUCGACGUCACCAACACGGGCUUCGGCCUAGCCCCCGACGUUAACGUCUUGCUGAUCAUCAUCAUCGCCGUGUCACUCGGCGUGAUCGUUCUUCUUGUGGUCAUGGCGACUGUGGUGUUCCUGGUCAAGUCGCGCAGGAGGAAGAAAGCCCAGAAUGCUACCGACAGAAACCAGCCCUCAGAAACCGCUCUGAAAAACUGCAGCUCGGGACAAGGAGGGGAAAUGAUCUUCCAUCAGGCCUUGCCGGGCUAUGUCGGAGAGCAGGGGAGUGGCGGCGGGGGGGGUUCGUACACAAGAGGAGGCUCUCUCGAUCCGUCACACUCCAGUGGGAGAGGAUCCGCCGAGGCGGCAGAGGAUGACGAAAUUCGGAUGAUAAACGAGUACCCUCGCGUGGCCUCCAUCAGCUCCUCCAUGCAGGAACAUAUCUCGGCCAGGGGACCAGAUUCUGGGAUCCAGCAGGACGCUGACCAGCUCUCGGAUGUCUCCUGCGAGCCUGCGGCUUUGGAAGGGAGCACUUGGUUCAAAGGCAAAAAAAUGGCCGGCGGUCUCAGUGGAACUUUGCUCUCUGGGCAGCUCCCGGUCUAUCGGGACGAGGGAGGCGGCUACCUGGGAGUCGGCCGGGGUCUGAAUAUUACCCUCCCCAAGGAGUACGCCUUCCCCGAGGAUGGUAAACCAUCUGUGGAUGGUUCUCUCACAGCUAUAGUGGCCAGCGACGAGGAGCUCCGCGGGAGCUACAACUGGGACUACCUACUCAACUGGUGCCCUCAGUUCCAGCCACUGGCCAACGUUUUCACAGAAAUCGCAAGACUGAAAGAUGAGACGGCCCAACAGAACCCCAAUCCGCGCCAGCCCUUCCAACCCAAGCCCAAAAUGGAUUCCAAAGCCAGAAUCGACCCGCCGCCGCUCAUUACCUCGGUCGCCCACCCGGGGGCCAUGUCGGUGCCGCCCAAAGUGCCUGCGAUGGGACGGACGUUCCCCCACUUAGUAUCCCUACGCCGGUCCCCCAUCAGCCACGAGGGUUCCAUUUCCUCGGCCGCCAUGUCGCCCAGCUUUUCGCCGUCGCUUUCCCCGUUGGCGACACGCUCUCCUGCCGUCUCCCCUUUCGGCGUCAACCAAGGACCCUCUGCAUCCAUGAUCAGCACCCGGGAGCCCUCGCUGGAGCGGAGUCCUGAUCAUGAGAUGAGAAUAUGAGGGCCACGGACUAUUUCUAGAACUUUUUUGCGUGUUCCAUGGACUGGCGUUUACAGGGGUUCUCAGACUUUUUGGCUCCAGGGGGCCCUUACGUGUCUUUCCGAUCACUUUGUACCCAUAAAUGCCAUCGGAGUUAGUAUGAUUGAAUCGAGGUAUGCACUUUUUUAAUCAUCCUAAUUUAUUGUCCUCGGUGACUCACAGCGUUGUUCCCUCGCUGGCUGGCCAGAGAGCGCCAUGUUUACGCCUUUUUGCAUUUCAGUGUUAAAAGUCAUUGAAACAAAAUGGACGCCAACGGAUUGUUUCCAUGUGCCAGUGCGAGACCGACAUUUUUUUUUUCCCCCCACAUCAAAUAUUGACACGAGAUUGUGUAUUUGCGUAUAUGUAUAUUAGGAUUCAGGAUUGUGUGAUUGUUAGCCGGGUAGCGCCUCGAGUUGUGGAUUAUUUAUAUGAAGGAAGGAGAGGCUUUUCUACAUUGUUCUUCAUUUUCUGGGCUCAAAUUGCAGAUCAGAACAGUUCUAGCAGAAUCACCUCCGUGUCUUUACGAGUGCUUCCUGCAUUGUUGAUGAUGCCGUUCAUCUCAGCACAAAGGCAAAUAUGCAAACUUCACCGCACUUGGCCCAACGCGGCUUUCGGGCAAAGGCUCGCCAAUUAGGCGGAAAGGAUUACAACAUGCACGAAAAGUCCUGAACGGUAUUUCCAAAUAAUUUCCAUAUCACCGUCAUGCAGUUUCUCGAGCCUCCAAAAACAAAGAGCUCAAUGGUACUGUGCUCGUUUUUUAAAAGCAAAUAAAGCAAGCAAAUGAAUUCCCCCACUAAUCCCCCCGGGGGAUGCAUACUGACACAAACUGGA